AUGCCUCUUCUUAGCGAACCGCGGCCACGGAAGCCAGAGCCAGUGAUUCGCAGGCUUCUUCCUCGCCAGACUGCCAGCCAGUCAGGCGGGCUCGCAAUCACUGUCGGGAGGGCCCUGCCGUCCAUUCGCCUCCAUGGCUCGGAUGUGCUCUACUUCGACUUCUUCCGCUCCGAGGCCUCAAAGGAGCUGUCCGGGUACCUCCCUUCUUCCUUCUGGUCCCGGAUCGUCCUCUGCGAGACUCUCACAGAUUCCUGCAUCCGCCACGCCAUACUUGCCUUGGGCGCCGCCUCAUACCCCUUGGUGGCCCGGAAUCAGCAUCUUCCUUGGUCAUCCAGCAACGAUGCCACCUCCAACGCCCACGGCAGGGCUGCGAUUUGUCAUCACACAAAGGCCCUCGCUCUGUUCCGGGAGAUGAUGGCCAACGGCAUCGACAACUUCCCCUCCAGAAGCGCCUUCAUUGUCACACCUUUGCUCGUAGCAUUCACCAUGCUCCAGAGUAACAACAAGGCUGCCGAGACCCUGCUGUCUGGCCUCAAGGCCCUGCAAGAGGUGUGCCAGGUCUGGCAAGGAAAACACGUCCGCGGAGGCUCGAAAGGUCCACUUAUAAACGAAGAAAUGGAGGAAUUGACCUGUCCCAUGCUUCAAGUCUACAUGUUAUGCGGCCACAAUCCCUUAUAUCCAACUCAGAAGGGCAACGUGUUCACUAUACCGAGCAAUAUGUUCCUUGACUCCAGUCCUCCGCCGGAUUGGAGCGACCGGCCUGUCACAGCAUCUUUGACGGACAGUGUUCUCGCUAUUUGGACUUCCUUCACUUCCCGCUGUCUUGUGUGGCUACGCCAUUGCGACUACACAAAACACAGCCAAGCACCUGGGAUUUAUACCGGAGCCUGUGAGGAGCAGACUGAUCUUCUAGCACGCCUUUCUCAGUGGCAACAGUUCAUAUAUGGGUUGCACCCUGCGCCGGGUUUGGAUACGGUGUACUCACGGGCCCUUCAACUUGUCCGCCUGCAAUAUGAAAUACUGUUCAUCUGGGCCUCGGAAGCAUUGGACCGUACCCGCAUGGGCUUCGACGUCCACACUGCCAGGUUCGAGAGCGUUGUCCAAGACUGCGCGGAGCUUCUGGGGCAUGACCUCGGGGACAGCCCGGGCGGCGCGGAGGACUGCGGCACGCUGGGGCAGUACUCACCAGCGCCGCAGACGGGAUAUACAUUCGAGAGUUUCGGCGUGGUUUCAGUGCUUGGUUUUGUCGUCACUCGGUGCCGAGUCGGCCCUAUCCGACGGAGAGGCCUGGCGAUUCUCGAGCGGAUAUGGUGGCGCGAGAACGGCUGGGACACGAUCGCGAAUAACCGCGGCGCCAAAGCCUUGAUGGAGCUAGAGGAACAGGGCGGGAUCCGUGGUGCAGACGGCGAGCUGUUUAUCCCGGCCGAGUCGAGGUAUUACUGGGGCGGUGCCCGCUGGGAGAACGACCUGCCCGCCAGCCAGAAGUUGAUCUGCACCUUCGCACAGCGCAGACCGGACGAGCUCGGCGAGGUGUUUGGGGUCCCGGUUGUGAUCGACCUUCGCUUCAGCAUUUCCAAGGUCGCAGUGGACAGCAUCAGCUACUUCUUCCAUUCCACGUUUGCCACGAACCUUUACGACAAUCUCAACGAGACCUUUGAAGCAUUGGCGGCGAGCAUGAGCAAUGCGAUACCUACUGGAUCAGACGAGACUUUCAACGGAACGGCCAACGUGGUCACAGGCAACAAGGGCGAGGUGACAAUAUUCUAUCUGGUGGUGUGGUCAUGGAUCUCCAUGCACUGA